CUCACUUCACUUGUAAACACAUACCGUUUUCAGAAUACAAGUGAGGUUUCAAGCAUGGUACCAAGCAACAUGGAGGAGCCCCUUGUUGGGAGCAACAUCCAGAAGACAGGAGGGCCGAAAGAGAGCCUUGUGGUGACUGAAGUCAAGAAGCAGUUGUACCUUGCCGGGCCUCUCAUUGCUGGAUGCCUCCUGCAGAACGUCGUCCAGAUGAUAUCAGUCAUGUUUGUCGGUCAUCUCGGUGAGCUCGCUCUCUCGAGUGCCUCCAUCGCCACCUCCUUUGCCGGUGUCACUGGCUUCAGCUUGUUGUCUGGCAUGGCGAGCAGCUUGGACACACUUUGUGGGCAAGCCUUCGGGGCAAAACAGUACCAUCUUCUCGGCAUCUACAAGCAGAGGGCAAUCCUUGUGCUUACUUUGGUGAGCGUUGUGGUAGCCAUGGUCUGGGCGUACACCGGGCAGAUCCUCCUGCUCGUCGGCCAGGACGCGGAGAUUGCUAUGGGGGCUGGGAGCUACAUCCGGUGGUUGAUCCCAGCAUUAUUUGUUUACGGACUGCUGCAGUGCCAUGUGCGGUUCCUGCAGACUCAAAACAUAGUUCUUCCAGUGAUGAUGAGCGCAGGUGUCACGGCUCUGAGCCAUGUGCCUGUCUGCUGGUUGCUGGUGUACAAGCUUGGGCUGGGCAACAAGGGUGCUGCCUUGGCCAAUGCCAUCUCAUACCUGGCCAAUGUAUCCAUCCUGGCUGUCUACAUCAGGGUCUCUCCUUCCUGUAAGAGCACUUGGACAGGGGUCUCAAAGGAGGCGUUCCACGACCUUUUUAUCUUCAUGAGGCUUGCCAUUCCAUCUGCUCUUAUGCUUUGUCUGGAGUGGUGGUCAUUUGAACUCCUGGUACUUCUCUCCGGACUUCUCCCAAAUCCUAAGCUCGAAGCAUCAGUAUUGUCCAUCAGCCUAAACACAGGUUCGUUAGUAUUCAUGAUCCCGUUCGGGCUUGGGGCAGCCAUAAGCACCCGUGUCUCAAACGAGCUUGGUGCUGGGCAGCCACAAGCUGCCCGUCUGGCUACUCGUGUGACCAUGGUUCUGGGUCUCGUGGCGGGUGUAUCAUUAGGUCUUGUUAUGAUUUUGGUGCGGAAUGUAUGGGGGUAUGCUUACAGCAACGAGAAGGAAGUUGUGGAAUACAUUUCCAGAAUGAUGCCAAUUCUGGGCAUGGCAUUUGUUUUCGAUGAUAUGCAAUGUGUUCUUUCAGGUGUUAUUAGGGGCUGUGGUUUGCAAAAGAUUGGUGCUUGUGUCAACCUCGGUGCAUACUAUCUUGUCGGUGUUCCCGCAGCGUUAUGUUUUGCCUUUUUCUACCAUUUUGGAGGAAUGGGAUUGUGGUUCGGAAUAAUUUGUGGACUUGCUGUACAAAUGCUGUUGCUGCUUUCCAUUACCCUGUGCACUAACUGGGAGAAAGAAGCUUCGAAGGCAAAGGACAGAGUUUUCAGUUCUUCCCUGCAUGUUGACAUGACGACAUGAGCAUGCAAGAUGUAUCUAGGCCAGCACGCGGUUCAAGGAGAUAUAGAACUCAGGAAGAAUUUUUCGCGAAGAAAACUGCUUCGUCUUGAUAUCAGCAGCAUGCCACUUCCUCCAGAGGCGUCAGCCGAUAAAAUGAUCUGCUUUGGCGAUUUUAUGUCGAUGGAGUGGGAUAAGAUAUUUGAAAAGCAAGUGCAUGUCACUUGAUAUGAUAAUGCCAUACGGGAAUAAAGUGUCAAUGUUAACUAGAAAAUCCGCAGUAUGGAUGAAACAUUUCUUUUGGAAAUUUAGUGAACGCAUGAUGCAGUCA